ACCAUAUUUAAGCCAUCACUCGUCUCACUUUGAGCUCAUCAGAGCAGUCUAUCGCUUCUUUUCGGCUUAUGAGCAGAACGUAAGACUGAACCAUCCCAAUAUGCUUCGUUUCCCCAGCUUGAGACGGGGUCCCUUGGGCUCGGUCAGGUUUGCUAUGACUGCGGCUUCAUCGUCCCCUAAUCUCUCAUCACACAAGUACUCUGCCUUGGGUCUACAAGCGGCCGAACAAGUCAGCUCCAAAUGGAAAGGUACCACGGCGGAUGGUGGGACUACGAAGAACUAUAUUGGAGGGGAAUUCUUGGAUAGCAAGGCUGAUAAGUGGUUAGAAGUCAGAGAUCCCUCCACGCAAACUGUGGUGAACAGGGUGCCAGAGACAACAGAGCAUGAGUUCAACGCUGCUGUCGACGCAGCCUCUCAGGCUUUCGAAUCUUGGUCAACCUCCAGUAUACUCCGCCGUCAACGGGUCAUUCUAGAACUACAACACCUCAUACGACAACAUAUCCCCGACAUUGCCAAAUCUAUCGUCCUGGAACAAGGCAAAACCUUUGCCGAUGCCCAGGGUGAUGUGAGUCGAGGUUUACAGGUGGUAGAGACGGCUGCGGCGAUCACUUCGACUCUUCUAGGUGACAAGCUAGAGGUGUCCAAGGAUAUGGAUACGUAUUCUCGCAGAAUGCCUCUUGGGGUGUGUGCGGCCAUCACUCCGUUCAAUUUCCCAGCGAUGAUCGUACUUUGGUCCGCCGCUUUGGCGACCGUGACGGGAAACACCUUGAUUGUGAAGCCUUCUGAAAGAGACCCAGGGGCUACAAUGAUUAUCGCGGAGUUGUGCGAACGAGCUGGAAUGCCUCCAGGGGUCAUCAACGUUGUUCAUGGGUCAGCACCAACAGUGAAUCGAAUAUGCGAUCAUCCCAAAAUCAAAGCAAUCUCAUUUGUGGGAGGAGAUCGGGCUGGAAAGCAUAUCUACGACCGAGCUAGUCCUUUAGGCAAACGCGUACAAGCGAAUUUGGGAGCUAAGAACCACGCUGUUAUCAUGCCGGAUGCAAACAAGAACCUGACAUUGAACGCGAUCGCAGGUGCGGCAUUUGGAGCUGCCGGACAACGAUGUAUGGCUAUCUCUGUAGCUAUCUUUGUUGGCGCUGCGCAGCAAUGGAUUCCAGACCUCAUAGAACGUGCCAAAGAAUUGAAAGUGACCGGAGGUUUCGAGGAAGGUGCAGAUCUUGGUCCAGUGAUCUCAUACGAAGCAAAAGAGCGAAUUGAGCAGCUCAUAGACACCGUUCAACAAGAAGGGGGAAGGAUCCUUUUGGACGGUCGGGGUCGGGUUGUCCCAGAAUAUCCUGACGGGAACUUUGUCGGACCUACUGUGGUGGAAGUGACGACCGAUAUGUCGGCGUACAAGAAUGAGAUCUUCGGUCCGGUACUAUGUAUCGUACCUGCAGAGACUUUGGACGAAGCCAUAGAGAUCAUCAACGCGAACAAAUAUGGCAAUGGGGCUGCUCUUUUCACUAACAACGGCGCAGCUGCACGGCACUUUGAGUUGACGGCGGAGCCUGGUCAGAUCGGAAUCAAUGUGGCUGUCCCUGUACCUCUCCCCAUGUUCAACUGGUCCGGAAACAAAGGGUCUUUCCUUGGUGACAUACCUUUCUAUGGUCGGACCGGCUUGGACUUUUACACGCAGAGGAAGACCACAACUAGUCUGUGGCCAUCAGGGGAUGCCAUUGGAAACAAGGCAACGGUUGCCAUGCCUCAAAUCAACUGAUGUGAACCACGAGUAACUUAGAGUACCCGUGACGGGUACAAAUACGAUUUCACCAUGAUUGUAAAUCUUCAAACGAACGUUAAUCCUCAGUCAUUCCAUCAUCUAAACAUGUAACAACAAUGUAAAUAACGAUGAAUCUUUUAAUGACAAC